AUGCGUUGGUUGGGUUUCUUGUUGGUUACAGUGGUUUUCGCGUCAAUUAUCGAGUAUAUUGAUGAUGGGGACCACCCGUUCAACAAACGGGUUUUAGGCGGGUGGGGAGUGUGUAAGCUUCCUCAGAGGUUAGCAGCAGCUACCUUUUCCACUGCCAUUGCUCAGGUGCCCAAACUAAUGGCGUUGGCGCCGUCAAUAAUGGCCAAACGUGAUUUCUUUGAAACUGACGAAGUCCCAAUUUAUAACCAACUGUGGACUUUGGCAUUUAAAUCAGUGGAAGCAAUGGUUAAUUCAAGCAAAUUCCAGCUGUUAAUGGGUGAGACUUUUGACUUCUUUGUCGAAUUAAGCGAUGGGUCCACGGUGACGGCUGACUACGAAACUAUGGAACGUACCGCUGCUGGAGGUGAUGUUUUUGGUCUUGAUGUGGUUAAUGUCACCCUGAUAACCUCAGAAAUCUUAUUGUUUCCCUUGCUGGACUGUUAUAUGGGUAAUCGUCAUGCGAAACUGGCGAAGCUUUCGUAUAGUGCCAAUCUCGAUAGUUCGGGCUCGGCUACGGGUAAGUUUUCAGUGGGGCUCCCCAAAGUGCCUGGCGUGUGUAAUCUGCUGCUUUCGUUCCAUUUGGAGCACGCAGUGGGGUCGAAAUUGGCGGUGCUUUCCAGUAUUGGUGGAAACCAUCAGUGCGACUUAGGCGGAGGAAAUGAAGAGCUGGUGACCCGGUUAUUCGCCGAAAAGCAUCGGUAUACUAUAAGGUAUAACCAGCGAAGGCUAGCAUACAGUCGUCGUUUGGAUAAGUGGCGUCUCGGCCGCUGGAAACUGAACUCCGAAACAUUGUUUGCCGACGAUGAUGACCAAACGGCGACGAUCCACUGUGUGACGACUAAUGUGGAUGGGUGGGCUCACGAUGUAUUUUUCGGUGAUAUCUGUCAACCCGAGCCGAUAACCCUCAUAAAUGAAACUACGGAUUAA